UUGCCUGGUGUCAUGGCGGCCUGCAGGCCUUGCUGCUCGUGCCUCCAGCUCCGGCCACUGGGCCGUGGUCCCCUCCGUCUGCCAGGGCGGGGUCGGAUACUCACCCAGUUGCAGGUGCGAGCACUAUGGGACGGGGCGGGGUCGCGAACCGUGGCCGUGGACUUAGGCAGCAGAAAAUUAGAAAUAUCCUCUGGAAAACUGGCCAGAUUUGCAGAUGGCUCUGCUAUAGUACAGUCAGGUGACACUGCAGUGAUGGUCACAGCGGUCAGUAAAACAAAACCUUCACCUUCCCAGUUCAUGCCUUUGGUGGUUGACUAUAGACAGAAGGCUGCUGCAGCAGGUAGAAUUCCCACAAACUAUCUUAGAAGAGAGAUUGGAUCUUCUGAUAAAGAAAUUCUUACAAGUAGAGUAAUAGAUCGUUCAAUUAGACCUCUCUUUCCAGCAGGCUACUUUUAUGAUACACAGAUCCUUUGUAAUCUGUUAGCAGUAGAUGGUGUUAAUGAACCUGAUGUCCUAGCAAUUAAUGGUGCUUCUGUAGCCCUCUCAUUAUCAGAUAUUCCUUGGAAUGGACCUAUUGGGGCAGUACGAAUAGGAAUGAUUGAUGGAGAAUGUGUUGUUAACCCAACACGAAAAGAAAUGUCUUCCAGUACUUUAAAUUUAGUGGUUACUGGAGCACCUAAAAGUCAGAUUGUCAUGUUGGAAGCCUCUGCAGAGAAUAUUUUACAGCAGGACUUUUGCCAUGCUAUCAAAGUGGGAGUAAAAUAUACACAACAAAUAAUUCAGGGCAUCCAGCAGUUGGUAAAAGAAAUUGGUGUUGCCAAGAGGACACCUCAGAAGUUAUUUGUCCCUUUGCCAGAGAUUGUGAAACACGCUCAUAAACUCGCCAUGGAAAAACUCUAUGCAGUUUUUACAGAUCAUGAACAUGAUAAAAUUUCCAGAGAUGAAGCUGUUAACAAGAUUAGAUUAGAUACAGAGGAACAACUAAAAGAAAAAUUUCCAGAAGUUGAUUCCUAUGAAAUAAUAGAAUCCUUCAAUGUUGCUGCAAAGGAUGUUUUUAGAAGUAUUAUUUUGAAUGAAUACAAAAGGUGCGAUGGUCGAGAUUUGACUUCACUUAGGAAUAUAAAUUGUGAGGUAGAUAUGUUUAAAAUUCUUCAUGGAUCAUCAUUAUUUCAAAGGGGACAAACACAGGUGCUUUGUACUGUUACAUUUGAUUCAUUAGAAUCCAGUAUUAAGUCAGACCGAAUUAUAACAGCUAUAAAUGGGAUAAAAGAUAAAAAUUUCAUGCUUCACUAUGAGUUUCCUCCCUAUGCAACUAAUGAAAUUGGCAAAGUCACUGGUGUAAAUAGAAGAGAACUUGGGCACGGUGCUCUUGCUGAGAGAGCUUUGUAUCCUGUUAUUCCUAAAGAUUUUCCUUUCACCAUAAGAGUCACAUCUGAAGUACUAGAGUCAAAUGGAUCAUCUUCUAUGGCAUCUGCAUGCGGUGGAAGUUUAGCUUUAAUGGAUGCAGGAGUUCCAAUUUCAUCUGCUGUCGCAGGUGUGGCAAUAGGAUUGGUCACCAAAAACAAUCCUGACAAGGGUGAAAUAGAAGAUUAUCGUUUGCUGACAGAUAUUCUGGGGAUUGAAGAUUACCAUGGUGACAUGGAUUUCAAGAUAGCCGGCACUACUAAGGGAAUAACUGCAUUACAGGCUGACAUUAAAUUACCUGGAAUACCAAUAAAAAUUGUAAUGGAGGCCAUUCAGCAAGCCUCAGCGGCAAAGAAGGAGAUAUUACAGAUUAUGAACAAAACUAUUUCAAAACCUCGAGCAUCUAGAAAAGAAAAUGGACCUGUUGUAGAAACUGUUCAGGUUCCAUUAUCAAAACGAGCAAAAUUUAUUGGACCAGGUGGAUAUCAUUUAAAAAAACUUCAGGCUGAAACAGGAGUAACUAUUAGUCAGGUGGAUGAAGAAACAUUUUCUAUAUUUGCACCAACACCCAGUGCCAUGCAUGAAGCAAGAGACUUCAUUACCGAAAUCUGCAAAGAUGAUCAAGAGCAGCAAUUAGAAUUUGGAGCAGUAUAUACCGCCACAAUAACUGAAAUCAGAGACACUGGAGUAAUGGUUAAACUAUAUCCAAAUAUGACUGCAGUACUACUUCAUAACACACAACUUGAUCAACGAAAGAUUAAACAUCCCACUGCUUUAGGUUUAGAAGUUGGCCAAGAAAUUCAGGUGAAAUACUUUGGACGUGAUCCAGCUGAUGGAAGAAUGAGGCUUUCUCGUAAAGUGCUCCAGUCUCCAGCUACAACUGUUGUCAAAACUUUAAAUGACAGAAGCAGUAUUGUAAUGGGAGAAUCUAUUUCAUAGUCAUCAUUUAAUUCUUCCUGGUGACUUUUUUUUUUUUUAAGAAUUCUAGAGUGAUAUUCUGUAUAGCAAAAUUUCAGUAGUAUCUUCUAAUGUGUAGAUUUAUAUAUAAUAUAAAUAUAUUCUAAUUUGUAUUAAAUUGCUCACCUUACGUGUUCCAUUUUUUAAUUCCGAAUUACCUAUAUUACUCUUACUUACAUUAUAAAUCAAUACAUAUUUAUUAUUAAAAGCAAAUCAUUUAUACGUCUUAGAAAAGACUACCCUUUAAAUCCUGUACUUUUGAAAUAUCUGAAAAAUUUAGAAAUAAUAGGUCACAUUUGCUGCUAUGAUGGAUUUCUUCCUACAUAUUUUUCUUCUUCCUAUACAGUAGUGACAGUUUACUCUUAGCCAUCUUAUGGCUUACUUCUGCAUAAUAGCUUUACUUACCCACAACUGUUUCACAAACUGAAACUUACCAUAUUCAAAACCAGUGCCUGUUUCUUUAGUACAGUUACCAGAUAUAGUAAGGAGCUGAGGGAGCUAAUUUGAUCUGCUUUUAAUGAUAUACCACCUUUCAAAUUGAUCACAAAACCAUAAACAUAGUGGAGUAAAUAUUAUAAAUGGGAUCCUGUUGAGAAUGAGGUAAUACAUUUUUCAAAUUUAGAAAAUACAGAAAAAUAAUUUACUCAUCAUAUAGAACUAGGUCAUUUUGUGUGUGUAUGUUGCUAAUGUAUGGAUGUUCUUGGUGGAAGGGAUGGAGGAAUCAUGAUUUUCAGUUAAUAAAUAAAUGUUUGAAACA